AUGGAAUUUGACCUCUUACUCUUCCUGAAGGAAAUUCAGCUUCAGCACGGCCUGCGUGCGGAGGACUACGCACGCUACCGCCGCUACACAACAAACCGGCUUUCGACUUUGCGCCACCAACUCGGCCUCGUCCAUGACUCUAAAAAGUUUCAGCAGAAGGAGAUCACGCCGCAGAACGCCACGCGUCCCGAGCAUCUUCAGCUGCUGCUUCUCUGCGCCGAGCGCUGCUGGGCGGCGGCGGAGGAGAUGCAGGAAAAGCGCCAUGAUGUGGCGCGCAUUGGUGAGAACAAACCGCCAGGUGGGCUUCCGCCGAGCGAUCAAUUUCGGAAGCGACUUAAUAAAUCCGUUAAGUGGGCGUGGAAACUGCACGAGGUGGCACAGGCUGUGGCAAGUCCGCGGCUGAAGCAGGAGGCAAAGGCGUAUGCCUUGGAAAUCAAGGGACGUGCUGCCGCCGCGCACGGUGCAAUGGAGGAUGCGAAAAAAUACUUUUCUUCGGCGCGCGAAGAGUACUAUGCCUUGCGCAAGUGCAGCACACCUGAGCAGUGGAUGCUGCUUCUCACCAAAGCCAAUGAGAUGGAUGACCGAGUGGUGUAUUGUAUGCUGCGCUUGGGCGAGGAUACUUCCAACUACAGACCUCACUUGGACCGAGAGGAUACGACGGAGCAGCUGUCCGCCACAACGAUCGAAUGGAAUGGACGACAGUUAAACGUUGCUUCUAUCAAGGUGAGGGACGCAUUACGUGAGGUGCGAACUCUCAAUGUCGAGGCGCUGAAGACAAAGGUCUUGGAGUUGGGUGGUCCCGUUCCUGUGGGGCAGCAGAACAAAGUACUGGACCUGAUGGAUCGACGUAUUGGUUGUCUCAAUGACGCCUUGGCGCAUGCACGCCAGGACCUACGCACCCUUUCCGAUGAUAGGCAGAAGACGGAGUUACAGCUUCUUGUACACUACUUGCUCUUCCAGGCGUCUUACGAGACGUUGCAGCGCACUCUCUUUAUGGUAGAUGUUUAUGUCCGUCGCUUCUGUGCCACCGAAAAAUCGCUUUCGGGAGGAGGCAGCAGCGGCAGCAUCAGCAGUGCAGGCGGCAAAAAUAAAGUGAACACCAACCUUGUUGGCGUGGGUGGUAAGAGCAAGAAGGAUAUACCACCGUCGCAGUACGCCUCGCCGCUGGAGAUUGUUCGCCUGUACGACGCAGCGCUUGAGACGUUGGGCGAAAUGGAGCUUCUCCCGGGCGUUGCUGGGCGUGCAGAAGUGGAGGAGUUUACUGCGCUGUGCCACGCCGGAAAGCUGCUCUACAUGGGGGAGGGAUGGCGCAUCUCGCGGGACUCGCAGCGGGCGCAAGUCUGCUACAAGGCCUCUCUCGCCACCCUUGACGAGACACCGUCGACGCCGCGGGUGGAGACGCUCCGACUGGUGGUAGAGAGGCUCUCUUUGCAGCUGGCGUCCUCGUCGCUUCUCACCACCGUUACUUCGGGGGUGGUCGCGGGCAAGGCUGGGGAGGGGCGGGAGGAGGAUGAGGCGAAGGAGAGGACGACGCAGUACCUUGUCGACGCCGGCGACCAAGUGACGGUCGCCCAGAACAUCAUUAAAUUCCCUCCAGACUAUCAGACCGUGCCCUGCAAACCCGUAUUUGUGGAUAUCGCCCUGACCUACGUCGAUUACCCCACCCAAGAGGCCGCUUCCCGCACGAAGCCGCAGGAAGAGCAGCAGACCUCCGACUCCGGCAGCAGGAAGGAGGAGAGGCGCUGGAAGUGGGGCUGGGGGUGGCGCAAGUGA